AUGGCUUUCAAGGACCUGCACUUGGUAGGCUCCUCUCAGAAGCUCCAGUCUGACGGACCAGCAACUGGCACCAACCGGCCCUGCAGUGCCCCCAGCCCCCUGCACUCCCAGCAGCCAGUGAAGGUGCCCCGAGGGCUGCACGGCAACAGCCCAGCGGGGGACUCCAAGUCAACCAGGGACCAUGCGUCACCCUCAAUGUCUGAGAGUUGUGACCUGAAGUACUGCAACAGCAAUGGCAACAUUGACCAGGGUCAGGAUCAGGGUCAGGAUCAGGGUCAGGAUGACAACCAGGAAGUCAUCAUUGCUGGCCAGUCCCAAAUUGUCACCCUCCACAAGCAAUGGCGCGUGGCAGUUAUCCAGCAAACGACCGUCAGUGGCUCCUGGAAAACCAUCUGGAACUACAACACGGGCGUCAUUGCAACCAAAGUCCCGCAACAGAACGCCUGCUACAUUUCCGUCAUGAACAGAACCGAGAUGCCCAGCUUUGACAAUCUGGCCACACUGGCCAGACAGAGCAGGAACCAGGUCAGUCUUGGAAGACUUACAAGGAAGCUCACCUUUGUCACCAGUGGAUUGGUCAACAACCUCAACUUCUACGGAGCAGACAUCACAACCAUGUGCAGCGGACUCACCAUCUACAGAGCUUAUGAAGUUCACGGUGAGUGCAAGCAAAUCAAUUCUGUCUCUCUCUCACCUGGCACUUUUCUCCCCUUGGGGAAUGACUACUGCACCAGUGGUGCUCUUCCAACUCAAGACGGACAGAAAGCAAGAGCGUCAGGUUAG